AUGUCACAGUCGCAACCACAACCGGAAUUCGAGUCGGAUCCGGCCCUGGAGAUGUACCAAAUCGGGGAUGCACACCGUGCAAGCCCGUGCCCGGAUCUGGCGGCAGCCCUCGCGGCGCCAGUCACUCGUUUCGCUGUGGAGUUCCCGCAGACGAGCAGGCAAAAGCCGCACUUUCGCUUUGUCGUCACCUUCCAGCAGCCGCUCCCGGGCUUCGGGGGCGCCUGUCAGAAGGCCAGCGUGAACAUGGAGGUGGGCCCGGACGGAGACGGGGUCGGGGCUUGCGUGAUCCGCCUCCUCGGCAACGACGCCUUGGCCGGGCCACUGAGCCACGUGGGCUUCACGUUCCCCAUCCGGUCGGCGCUGACGCUGCGGGCGGUCGUGGACGCCAUCGCCGGAGAGCACCGGGACUCGGAGGCGGUUGGGCAGACGGGCGACCUGGCGGCGUUCAGCUACGUCGACAGCGGCGUCGGCGACGACCCCUGGAACGGAGACAGGGACUGGGCUGUACAGGUCUUCUGCCGUCUCGAGGCGCACGGGUUCGUGGGAAACGUGGCAGAUGGGGUCCUCGGUCCUGGUCCGUACCUGGGGGUGAGGCAUGGCGCAAUGAAACGGGCCCCAUCCAUCUAUGCCCCCGAGGGAAUGGUCCCCUCGGGAUAUCACCGCACGAGCCUGCGCACCUGGGACGCGCCGCCCACCUCGAAAGUGCGGGUCAUGGACUGGAAGCGUCUCUUUUUUGACGACAUCGUCGACUUUGCGCCUAAGCUGCGUGAGGUCUGGGCGGGGCCCGGCCCGGCCUGCCCCGGGCCUGGUCCGGUGGUAUUGUAUGACAGGCUCCCGCUUGCGCGCGGCACCUUUCUCGACCCGGCGGUCAAACGCGCCGUGCUCAUCAAGGUUGAGAGGCCGCUGCCGUACGAGGAGUGA